GCUUCUUGAUUCGAUGUAAUGGUUUUAUUUAUAGUGUUAUUUUAAUUUAUUAAAAUUAAAAACCGAAAAUAAGGAUACUUUAACCAUGUCGGUAGUGGGACAACCGAGCUUUGCCGCGUGGUCGGGAGCCCAGUCUUCGGGUUUUGGCGGUAAUAACCUUUCAGUUGUGGAUAAAGUAACCCCGGACAUGAUUCAUCUCGUUGAUCCGUAUUGGUACCAGUUUCCUCCUAUGAACCCUCUAUGGCACGCUUUACUUGGCAUUUCGAUAGGAGUUUUGGGCGUCAUCUCACUAAUUGGCAAUGGAAUGGUUAUGUAUAUUUUUGCUACAACAAAAGCAUUAAAAACUCCUUCAAAUCUUUUAGUCGUGAACUUGGCAUUUUCGGAUUUUUCUAUGAUGUUUACUAAUUCUUUUCCAAUGGUUGUAAACAACUACUAUGAAACCUGGAUAUGGGGACCACUUAAUUGUGCAUUGUAUGGAAUGUUUGGUUCUAUUUUUGGAUGUGUUUCAAUUUGGUCAAUGGCGUUUAUUGCACUUGACCGUUAUAACGUUAUUGUCAAGGGCUUGAAUGCUAAACCGUUUACCAAAAAAACUGCUUCAUUAUGGAUUCUUCUUAUAUGGACCAUGGCUAUUGGUUGGUCACUUGCCCCUCUUUUUGGAUGGAACAGGUUUGUUCCAGAAGGAAAUUUGUCUUCAUGUGGAACCGAUUUUGUAACCAAAGAGCUGUUCCAUAAAAGUUUUAUUUUAGUGUAUGCUUCUUUUGUAUACUUUACACCUUUAUCUCUUAUUAUUUACUGUUAUUUUUUUAUUGUCCAGGCUGUUGCGGUCCAUGAAAAAUCCAUGCGAGAACAAGCUAAAAAAAUGAAUGUCGCUUCUUUAAGAAGUGCUGAAUCUCAACAAACCAGUGCGGAAUGUAAAUUAGCUAAAAUCGCUUUGAUGACCAUUGCUCUAUGGUUCUUUGCGUGGACACCAUACCUGGUUAUAAAUUUUUGCGGCAUUUUCGAAAGCCAAAAGAUUUCCCCGUUGUCUACUAUUUGGAGUUCAUUAUUCGCUAAGGCCAAUGCUUGUUACAAUCCUAUUGUAUAUGGUAUUAGUCAUCCAAAAUAUCGGCAAGCUUUAGAGAAAAGAUUCCCUAGUCUGGUUUGUGGGAAAUCCGUUCCAAGGGAUGAUGCAGUUUCAAACACUUCUGGAGUAACACAAGUUGCAGAUGGAGAUAAAACAUCUGCAUGAACUAAAAAAAUAAAAUACACUUUAUUGUAUGAUUGAUUUGUAAAUUACAAACCAAAAAGCUUAGUAUAUAGGUACGAACAUAUUAAAAAAUCAAUAAAAAUAACGAGCAU